UAGAGCCGAAACGGAGGCUGUACUUUUUGGACACUGGAAAUUGCAGCCUCAUUCACCAGAGGAAUCACAAAGACCUGCAGGUGCAUCCAGAAAGUGAGAAAAAACAAGCUGCAGCGACGAUGCCUACGUCUGCAAACCGAGUGCUUUCCCUGGCAGCUGUUCUGAUGGUGCUCACCUCUGUGGUACAGCAAGGGGUCCAGGCAGGAGUAGUGAGCGACUUCAACCAUGCAGAGCGCUGCAAGGACUCUCUGUACAUGGGAACUCCACCGAGAGGAUACCUCGGCAACAGCUUUAAGAGGAUCUGCCAGAGAUACGAAGAUAAACCCCGCUAUGCCACGGUCUAUGACCCCCAAAGACACAUCCCCAUCUACUCGGCGUAUACGUUCAAGAAGUCAGAUGGAGAGAAAAAGGUGGACUUCCCCUGGAUGUUUGAACCUCAGUUGGCAUCAGAAAAGAGCAGCAGCAACAUGGAGCCUUUCCCCCAGUCUACAAGCAUGCAUAUGAACUUUGAGGACACCCAGGCAGUCCUAGAAGACUACGCUGACGUUGUUCAGUAUGAACGUGGCCAACUAAACCCAGACGAGCAUCAGGCCGACCCUAUGGACAAAGCCUCCACCUACAGCUUGACAAACGUGGUGCCUCAGAUAAGAGAGUUUAACCUGGGCCCCUGGGCCGAACACCAGGACAUCAUCCGCAAACGCCUCAACAACUACUGCAGAGGAAAGGCCUACGUCAUCACCGGGGUCACCACCUCGGGACACACCAUCCGUCGCAACAACAUGGACAGAGUGGCUGUGCCAGAGUACAUGUGGUCGGCCUAUUGCUGCACGCAGUUCGACCAGAAUGCCCCGUACUUCGUGCGCUACAAGUUUCCUGUGUUUGGGGCGUACGGGCUCAACGAUCGCAUCAAUAACCAGAUGGUGGAAGUUCCCCUGAAGAAUUUAGAGAAGUUCCUUAAAGGAAGGAUGGAUGUGGACAAGAACUUCCAGAUUUUCUACAAUGACUGUGUGCCAGAUAACUAAGAAAAUCUAUGUAAUGAUAACUUAGAUGUUAUAAGUAUAGAAGUUAAUAAAAAAAAGCCUGAGCUUGUUGUAGUUAGAAAGAAAUUAUACAUUGAAUUGAACAGAUUGACAGGAACUAGGAGCAUUUUAGUCAAUUUAUUACCCGAUUAUCCAUGUGUUAUACUAUUAAGUAUCAAUUCAUCCAGAUUCAUUAAUAUUGUAGAAAUGCAGAUGUAUCUUAUGUCAAAUCAGUCAAAGACAUAGGUAAAGGCAUAAGAUGGUCAAAGGGAGAGCAACUCAAAGAAAAGGGUUCGCUACCAUCAUUCCAACUAAACAUAUAAAUAAAAAAUCCAAUAAAAAACGAAUGUACACUAAACUUUUUAAAAUCUAUUGUUCCAUUUAUAAUUUUAUUGCCUUGUGUCAAAAAAUGACCUGAAAUAAACAACA